CCUUGAGGCAGCUGCUCUCUGCAGGUUCGAUGCCCCGCUCAGAGCCCGGUUGCUUGUGCUGAAAAUGACCCUGCCUCUCCGCCGUGCAGGAAUGGCCUCUACUGGGAACCUUUCCGAAGAGCAGGUGCACUGCUCCAUCUGUCUGGACGUCUUCACCAACCCCGUCUCCAUCCCUUGCGGACACAACUUCUGCCAGAGUUGCAUCUUGGGAUACUGGAAAACCAGCCCUUUGUACCAGUGUCCUAUGUGUAAGAAGUCUUUCUAUAAAAGGCCUGAUAUUAGCAUUAAUACGGUCCUCAGGGAGAUUGCGGAGCAGUUUAAGGAGAUCAGAGUUAGGAGUUUGGAGGAAAAGUUGAGUAAAGAGGAGGCAGAAGAGGAAGACAAGAAGUGGACGAUGGAAAGACGGAAGAAAGAUGAUGAGGAGAGGCUUUUGGCAAAGGAUCAGAUGGAGCAGGUGCUGGAGGAGCUGACGCAGAAGCAAGGGGAGGAGAGGAAGAAGAAAGAAGAGAAAAAGCAGCUACAAGAAGAGUUACCACCGCUCAUCCCUCCUGUUCCACCACCCAGAACCUCUCCUCCGCGCUCCCCUCAAGCCACAGCUCAGGGGCCUCCACCGCCACCUUUGCCCCAAUCAUCACCCCCACCCUCGCCUCAAAUCCCCGCUUCUCCACCUCCUCAAACCUCACCUCCCCCGUCUUCUUCACUCCCACCUCUUCUGUGGGAGGAAGUCCUCUGUGAUGUCUGUCUCGGGGACGGCAGACCAAAAGCAGUCAAGUCCUGCCUUGUGUGUCUAACGUCCUACUGCGAGGAGCACCUGAAGUCUCACUCCGCCAGGUUCACUAAGCACAAGCUGAUGGAGCCCGUCGCCAACAUGGAGGACAGGAUGUGUCCGAAGCACGAGAGGCUCCUGGAGCUGUUCUGUAAGAAGGAUCAGACCUGUGUGUGCGUGCUGUGCACCGAGACGGACCACAGGGCGCACUACACUGUCCCCGUGGAGAGAGAGUGGACAGAGAAAAAGGCACAGCUGAAGAGGACAGAAAUUGACGUCCAGCAGAUGAUCCAGGACAGAGUGAAGAAGGUGGAGGAGAUCAAACACUCCGUGGAGCGAAACAAAGCGAGUGCUCAGCGAGAGGUGGAAGAGAGCGUGCAGGUCUUCUCAGAGCUGGUGCGCUCCAUCCAGAAGACUCAGAGCGAGCUGGUUUUGGCCAUAGAGGAGAAGCAGAGGCACACGGAGAGGUGGGCUGAAGGCCUCAUCGCUGAACUGGAGCAGGAAAUCGCUGAGCUCAAGAGGAGGAACACAGACUUGGAAAACGUGGCUCGGACCGACCACAUUCACUUCUUAAAGAGCUUCCCGGCCCUUAUCACUCCUCCUCCUGUCAAAGACUGGUCUGAGACCAGUGUUCCCACAGACAUGUGCGUGGGCAUGAUCAGAAGAUCCGUGUCCAAACUGGAGGCAACGUUAAAUGAAAUGAUCAGCAAACUGGCAGAAAGUGAGAUCAAGAAGAUACUGAAAUAUACAGUGGACGUCACCUUGGACCCCGACACGGCCAACCCGUGGUUACAGCUCUCUCAGGAUAGACAUCAGGUGAGACACCUGGGCGCAUGGCAAGACCUCCCAGACCACCCUGAGCGUUUCGACACAGUGGUCAUCGUCUUGGGCCGUGAGGGCUUCACCUCAGGGAGACAUUACUGGGAGGUCCAAGUGGGGGACAAAGAUGACUGGUACAUGGGUGUGGCCAGGUCCUCUGUUAACAGAAAGGGCAGGAUCUCUGUAAGCACUACCCAGGGCUACUGGGCUCUGGCCAUGAAGAAAGACCAUGGGUACCGCGUGUCAACAUCCCCGCCAACACCGCUUGCCCUCAACCCCAAGCCCAAGCGAGUGGGUGUGUACGUGGAUUACGAGGAAGGGCAAGUGUCCUUCUAUGACGUGAAGGCUUGGACCCAUAUUUACACCUUCAGAGAUAAGUUCACAGAGAAGAUCUUGCCCUUUUUCUACCUGUACUGCUGCGACAAAGCUUCUGACACCCUCGUGAUCUGCCCUGUGAACGAGAAAAGCCUGAUCAAACAAAGCUAAGGACAAAGUUUGACGAUAAAACAAAUGAACAUGACAUGACAAAACAAUGAAAAUGUAUACUGACUGUAUUUUGUUGUAGUUGAACCUGUUUCGAUGAAACCCUGUAUAUUUUUGUUUUGUGUAUAUUUAUUAAAUGUAUAGUUUAGCUCAACAAAUAUAUUAACUAUUCACCAUACCAAUCUAUGUCAGCUCAUGGAAGUUCUACCAAGCCUUAAAAGGAUAGUUGAACAUUUUGGGAAAUAUACACAUUCAUUAUAUUUCCGAGGGUUAAGCCUUGUUUCCACCAAGAAGUUUUAGUUCAGUUCUGUUUUCUUACACAUUAGAAAAGUUAUGUUUGUGCUUCAAUUGUCAAAUGUUGUGGACGGUGUCAAAAGAGCCACUGCGUUUUGUCUUGUGUAUUCAGUACCCCGUAUAGCCGUCGCUAGAGGCAUAAUGUUUUUGGGUUGUUCAUCCACCCCUCCCAUCAUGAUGAAAGCAGUAUUUUAUGCCAUGUCAGAAUUUCUUCAAAUUUGGCUCAAAAGUCCACUUGGACUUAACAAUAAACUGAUUAA